AUGAAGAAGAACUGCCUCAAAGAUCUUUUAACGUCAUUACCCCCUGAACUUGAUUCAAAUAAACGAAUCGUUUCACCGUCCAUUUUAAGUCAAACACAAGCUGGGCCCUCUACUUUUAAUGAUUCGCAACCUGAAACAUCGAUUAUAAACGAGAUACGACCUGGAUCUUUUACUUUGAAUGAUCCACAACCUGGAACAUCAACCAUAAAAGAUACACGACAUGGAUCUUCCAACUCUGCUUACAUUCUAAUAACUCCAGAAGUCGUUCGACCAUUCCCUAAAGCUUUACCACGAAAACCUACUGGGAAGCAACGUAAAGCUAAAACUACGAUUAUAACGGAAACCCCUGAAAAAGAAAGACUGCUUUUAGAAAAUAUGAUGGAUAUCUUAAAAAAGAAAGCACCCAAAACUGAGAAACAAAACUUAAAACAUGUGAAACAAAUUUUUAAAAGUAAUUUUGCAGAUCAAGAAUCUAUCAAAUCGAAACGUAACGAGAAGGCUAAAAAGAAAAUGAAUAUUACGAAAAAUGUUACAAUUAGUCAAAAGAAGAAAAAGGCUGCACGAAAAAUUGCAAACAGUAGCAAUAACAGCGAUGCUUCGUCAAAUAUAGUUACGGAUUCUGACUCAAUAAAUGAUAUAUCAGAAAAUGAAAAAGACACUCCAAGGUUAAGAAAACGUACAAUUACAAAAAAUAAAACAGGAGACGAUGACCAAUGUAAUGUUUGUAAGAAAACAUAUUUAGAAAGCACUGAAGAUUGGUAUCAAUGUAAACUUUGCACAAAAUGGGCACACGAAACCUGUGGCAUUAAAGGUACUUUUAAUUAUUUUUGCUCACUAUGUCACUAA